AAUGGCCUCAAUACAUGUACAGAGAUUAGUGAAGACCUUAUACCGGAUAGAGGCAUACUCGUGUUUGAUUGGGAUAAUACUUUAAAACUGUAUGACCGAGAAAAAAGACAAAUAUCUUCACGGGUGGAGAAGGAGAGACUGCUGCGGUGGCAAAAAGAGAAACAGUGUGAAAUGUAUGUGAUAAGCGCGAUAUAUCCAUCUAAAAUAAACCUAGAAACUCUUCUUUACGAAGUCAACAAACUCGGUCUGUUACAACUCUUCACAAAUGAGGAAGAUAAGGUUGAAAUACAAGCAGGGAAAUUUGCGCGAAAAGGUAAUAUUAUAAUAUGUGGUUAUGAUAAAGCGGAAACUUUCUUAAACGUUACACAAACCGCACCACAGGCAAAACGUGAUUCUCAGCAGACGACAGGAAUUCAACUUCCAGUAGACUUUGUCGAUGGUGAUGUUGCAGACGGAAUAGAUAGUCAUUGCCAUGGUUACGGUUCUAACGACACUGUUGGGUUUGGGACGAACAUUAAUAAACGUCAAGUAGUGUUCUUUGACGACGAAGAAGUUAACAUUGUUAAUUUUAGUGCCUUAGUACAGGACAGUAAAUGCAUUCUUGUAAAAUAAAAGGACUGAAGGUCUUAACAAACAUGUAGAUCUAAAUCUAUGCAAAUUUUGAACAGCCAGUAGACACCUGUGAAUAUAUCAAAAUUUAUACAAUUUUAGUAGUUCUUUUAACUUAGAAUAAUGUAGAUUCUAAUUGUCUUCUGGGAGCUGGGACUAGUCUUAUGUGAUCCCAAUCCAAGUCCCAGAUGGGAGUUUAAAAUAUGAUUAUAUAUAGGUCUGACAUAAUUAAUUCUGACAUUAUGUCUAACAGUAUAUGUGAUAAAUAAAGUCUCAUAAAUAUAGAUCUAUAAAAAUAUAAUUAAGAUUAUAUCAGUUAAUGUACAUUUAUAACAGUUUCAAAAAUCAUCUUGCCUGUUGUAUUUUUGUUGUUGUUUAUUUGAUAAUUAUUAUUAAUAAAUACAUAUGCAAUUUUUGUUUCACUGAAAUAUUUUUGAUAUAGAUCUACAUUCAGGUGUCUACUAGCUGAACUGAAAAUUAGCAAGAAUUGUUUAAAUUAUGUUUCUAUACACGUGUAUGUAAAUGAAUUCAACAAGUUCAGAAUACACUUAUUUAAACACCUGUAUGAUCAAUAUUAUUUGUUAUUCAAAUUUCAUAUUUUAUGUUAACAUUUUUCAUGCCUACCUCUUUUUGUUAUUAUCAAAAUUAUUAUAUUUUAAUUUUAUAUUUACAUUUUCUUAUAAUUUUCAUUAAAAAUGUGCAUUCCUGCCAUAUUCUGUUGUUAAUUAAAGACAAAGUGAGAUCUAAGGUGUGGCCACCUUGUCCAUUAAGGUUAUACUAGUUACCUCCCUGGGUACAAUUGAUAUAUAGUGCAGUGUUGGUCUAUUGGUUAAUCUGAUCAUUUUUCAUGUUGUUACAAGAUAGCUUGGCAAAAAAAAAUCUGGUCAAAAAUACUCAAAAUUGAACAUUGCUGAUGAUCCUAAAUCAUGACAUUAAAUGUUGGUCAUCCUUGUUUACAGUAUUUAUUCAACAAAUGGUAACCUUCUUACUAUUCAAUAAAUAAACUGAUGUCUGAACAUGCUGGUACCUUGAAAGGACCAGCAUUUGUCACCACUACUGAGCCAGGCCAGCCUGCACAUCUGUACAGUCUGACCAAGCUCUGUCUCUACCAUUGGCAGCUUAAUUUUUAUUUUUUGAAUAUUGAAAUUUGUUACUUUUAAAGACUUUGAACUGUUCAACAUUCAAAGGAGAUCACAGAUAUACAUAGAAUAUUCUAUUCU